CAGAAACCACAUAGGAUGGAAUAUGAACCUGGCGAAGAUAUCAUAUUGUGCAUUCAUAACAAGCAGAGAGCUUUGAUGUAUCCCCUGCUGAUCACCUGCUAGGUUACUGGAUUCUUGUAAGAGCGGGUCAGGUUAGUAUCACAAGGUAGGUAUGUACAUAGAGCAGAGUAAGAGUAAGAAUCAGCAAAUACCCCGAAACAGCCAAGGUUCUUAGCUCCUCUUCCCAGAGUAAUAAGAGAAACGGGAGAAUCGUAUCAGAAGCGCAACAACUCCUGUCAUGUUGGGUCGUCAACUUUACCCUCCGCAGUACCAAGUAGCAUACGGACUACUCUCCACAAAGUCAACACAUGGCAUGGUAUAAAUGGUACCCCGACUGCUUUACCUUUCCGCCCUUUUGGCCGCUGCACAGCCGGUCGCAGCAGGGCAAUCGUGUCGGUCUCACUCUCCCGUAUCCCAGAAGCGCAGGAAGCGGAACUAACCAACGGAUGGACGAGGCAGGUUCCGACGAUAUCACCAUCUCCAACCAAGCCGAUGCAGAGCGCUACUCUGACUGCAGAGACAUCCGGGGAACCCUCAGGAUUGACGCCGCCGCCAGCGGCACAAUCCACCUCGACAAUGUCGAGGCCAUCCGCGGCGAUUUUGCCGUCCAGGGAACGCAGAGCUUGGAUUCGCUGGAUCUUCCGCGUCUCGAGACCGUCAGGGGAGAUGUCACAGCUAAGGAUAAUGCAAAUCUCAACCAGCUGGGCAUGGCCGGGUUACGGCGCUUGGGCGGGGAUUUGACUAUCGUGGAUAAUUCGGCACUGUUGGAUUUAUCCCUGGCUGCUUUGGAGAGCGUUGGUGGGGGAUUACAUUUGAAAGGCGGGUUUAAUACGUAUGUUCGUUUUCCUUGCUAG